UCUAUUUUACUUGUUUUUUUCUUUAUUUCAUUCUCUGUUUGUCUGCGUGCGACACCGUCCCACAUCAAAGUAAUAAUAUAGUCAAAAAAAUUAAAUCUUUUUUUUGACGCAACAAAAAAAAUUAAAUCUUUUUAUUAAAGAGCAAUCUGGGUCAGACCCAUUUUAUGGAAAAAGGGUAUUUGAAUUGAAAAGGAAAAAAACAUUGCAUCUCGACUUCCUUCGCUUCUCUGUUUCUUGGUGAGAGAUCAAACAAGGCAUAUUCUUUACGUAAACGCAAAAGCCCUGAUCGAGUUUUCGAGCUCAUUUUCAUCAUUUUUAUCGAAAAUGAUAUAAAAAAGUGUUCUUGAAUUUGAUCUUCCCUUUUCAACUUUCUUUUCUGCCCUUUUUCAGGUUCUGCUGAAGCAUUGGUAGUUGGAUAUGGGGACUAAUUGGUUGUUUUUCGUCGAACCGGAUGGGAAUGCAGGUGGGGUUUUCCCCAUUGAUCCCAUUCUUCCUCAUAGUUUGGGGGCUCAUUGGAUCUCUCACAUUGCCUCGUUGGUUGACAACUCGAGGCAUCUUUUGGUGCCCGGAAGCAUGGCGCUCCAAGAAGCUUUCAGCUGUAUGUCGAAAUUUGCUGGUGCCCUAGUGAUAUGGUGCGCCCGUGGCUCCAAUGCCAACGUCAGAAGGAAGUCACCGGGUGGUGAUCAUCUUGGCCGUCUCUCCAGCGCUUCAACGCAAGUGAGGCACAUCUCUUCCGUGAGACGUGACCUCACGGGGUUCUUCUGCAAGUUGAAGUGUAGCAGGAUGUCUGCAAUCCCGGUAGUGUUUAACAAGAUAUCGAGCUUUGCUCUGAAGCAACUCUCGAGAGAGGCUCAAUGGCUUCAAACUUUCCCCAUGCUGUCGUUGGGGGCUGCCUUGGUGCCACCAUUGACUAAUGUCUCGACAAACGUCCUUGCUAUGGAAGCACAGCGAAUCACGGAUCAAAAGCUUUGUGAGAUUGAAAGUCGAGGAUGUGGACCCUGCAAUGAUCUUCAUUUGCAGAGUCUGGCUUGGGCUAAGACGACCGAGCCCAGAACUGGCGUGGAGUUUCCAACCAUGUUGGACAAUAGCAUAUCGGGAGAAAGUAAUUCCGGUUUUACUCCAGAGAUCCUUGUAGGAACUGGAUCGAGAAUUAUGACCGUUAUAAGAAUCAAAUCUCUCAAAGUCUAUGCUUUCGGUUUUUACGUUCAUCCAUUUGAUGUUUGUGAGAAGUUGGGGCCAAAGUAUGCUUGCAUUGCGGAGCACGAGUUGAACAAGUGCCAAGAUUUUUAUCGGGAUCUUCUAAGGGCGGAUAUCAACAUGACGGUUAGGCUUGUGGUUAGCUGCAACGGGAUCAAAAUCAAUACCGUGAAGGAUGUUUUUGAGAAGUCUCUCCGAGCCCGAUUAACAAAGACAAAUCCAGAAGCUGAUUUUAGCUGCCUACAAGAAUUCGGUUCCAUAUUCACACAGGAUAUUACUUUACGCGUGGGCACGACAAUCAAUUUUCGGAGAACAGCUGAAGGGCUCCUUGUUACUGAAGUUGAAGGGAAUAACAUCGGAGCAGUCCAGAGCAAGGAUCUUUGCAGGGCAUUCUUUGACAUGUAUAUUGGUGAAAUUCCUGUUUGUGAGCAAACGAAAGAAGAAAUCGGGAAAAACGUAGCAAGUAUCAUCAGGAUGUGCUGAGAUAGUGCAGAAACAACGAGCUCGUUGGUUUGACACGGUGGUAUAUAUAUGCUGCUGCUAUCGGACUCAUUAGUCGUAGCGUGGUAGAGGUAUACGAACUAGCCAUACUGUAGCAUAUAGAACGAACCCUAAACCUUAAACCCUAAACCCUUUAUAUUAUACCGGGUUUUUCGGGGAAAAAAAGAUCGAAAAUUUCGCUUGGUUUGAUGAUUCUUUGUAGCGAAAGCAGGGGAUUUGCAGUUCCUGCUAACUAUUUGUAGAUUUAAUUUGUGACUAUUUCUUGAUUGAAAAAAAAAAAAAGAAUGUUUAUGGUUA